UCAAACGAGAUUUAUUAUUUUGUGAGAAAAUAAAAUAAUGUGUAUCAUAUUUAUUUAUUUAGUCUGAUAUGAUUUCUAUUGAUAUUGAUGGUCCAUCAACCAUGCUCAAUUCAAUUUGUGAAUCAAUAGUUAUAACUCAGGGUUCUGUUUAUUCAAAUAAUUCUUUAAAAUCUCAAUUAGAAAAACCAAUAUCACAAUCUAUAUCUAAUCAAUAUAGUGAACAUCUUCGAGCAUCUCAUCCAAUAAAAAAAGAUAAAGUUGAAGUGAUUGAUUCUUGGCAUGAUCAUACGAUUAUUAAUGGUAGUAGUACACCAUGGCGUAGUCCAUUUAAACCUACAAAAAAAAACUCAAUCAUCUAUAAACAAAUAAAAUUGACUCAUGAAAUUGCUCUAUCACCUAUUCCAAUAAUUAUUGAAAAAUGUUAUCAAACAACAGCAACAUCACCUAUAACAUUUCCACAAACAGUUGAUCGUUCAUCUCAAUAUAGUCCACCAAUGAAAUCUGAUCAAGGUUUACAAUGUUAUUUUGAAACAAUAACAUCUUAUACACAAGUAUCACCUUAUCAAAUACCCGGUUUAUUAAAAACACAAGAUGGAAUACAAACAUAUAAUAAUAAUAAUAAUAAUUCACAAUUUCAUACAUUAACAACACAUGGAACAAAACUUGAACGUAGUGCUGAUUCUGGUAUUCUUGUUGAUGAUAAUCAUCAUAUUCCACCUCGAAAAUCAAAUUCAAGUGUACAAGUUGAUAGAAAAAGUUCAUCAUCUGAUAGUGAAGAUACAUCUGAAUUAACUACACGUCCAAUUAUUAGACAAACAUCACCAUUAAUUAAUCAUACAUAUGAAAAUACAAUCAUAGAUAAUCCGAGUCUAAAUACAUCAACAACAGAAAUUGAACAAGAAAUUUCACAAUUAUGUCGUGAACGAGCUCAUAUACUUGAUUUACUUUCAUUAAAUUGGAGUCGAUCAAAUAUUUGGGUAGAAUUAACAGAAGCAAAAUUAAAUUAUAUUAUUGGAGAAACAGACGCUCUUCUUCGUGCACUUUCAUUUGAUUCCACAUCAGUUGAUAAUGAAACAGUUAAAUUAAAAAUGCAACAAUAUGAAGAAGAUAUGGCAGCAUUAACACGACAACAUUUAGUUGUUUAUCGUGAACGUUUAGAAGCAUCUAAAAAACAAUUAGAUAUUAAAAUUGAUGAAUUAGAAUUACGAAAAUCUUCAUUAGAAAAUCAUCCAACAAAUCGUAUAUCAACAUAUGAACAUACUCCACGUUUAAUCAAUAUCAAACGAUCAAAAUCAUUUUUAAGUACAAGUGCAGAAAAUUUAACAACACAAACAAAUCAAGAAAUUAUUGCCAGUCAUCCACAAUUACUUGAUGUAUCAUUUUUAACAUCAAAAACAUCCGGUCUUCCAUCACGUUUUACUGAUAAUCGAUCGAAUAAUAAUAAUAAUAAUCAUGAAACAAUUCGAACAAUUCAUCGACCAACACCACGUUAUCCUAUGUCAAAUAAUCCUAAAUAUGAUUAUAAUAAUGGAAAUUUAUCACAUAUGGAAGGUUUAAGUAAAAGUCAACAAGCAAUUUUAGAUGAAACAGAUAAACUUGUUAAAGAUUCACAACAAUUACAUACAGAAUCAGCAUCACAAUUUGAACGUGCAAGAGAAAGUUUAUUAUCAAGUGAAACACCAAUUCGAUUAGCACGUGCAAAUAUGGCUGCAUCACGUCUUGAAUCAUAUUCAGGAAAGAAAACUUAUUUACCAAAUGAUGUUACACUUGCUGAACUUUUUAAAUAUGAACAGUCAUUAGCAAAGGAAACAGCAAAAAAUACUCGACAACUUUAUACAAAAACAACGACAAAAUCUUAA